UCCGUGGUAGGGUGCGCGGGCGAGCGUGUGGUCACGUGUCGAGGCCGGAGCGCGCGCGCGCGCCCCAACCGGUAAGGGGAGUGAACCGGGCGUCAGCGGCGAGCCCCGGGCCCUGGGCUGGUCAUUGCUGAUGAGGAUGCUGAGGCCGCGAGUAUGGAAACCCUGAAAGUGAAGGACCGGAUCCUGGAGAACAUCUCGCUGUCGGUGAAGCAGAUUCAGGGUUACUUUGCUGCCUGUGAGGAGGAGACACCAGCAAUUCGCAACCAUGACAAAGUGCUGCAGAGGCUGUGUGAACAUCUGGACCAUGCCCUGCUUUAUGGUUUGCAGGACAUUUCCUGUGGGUACUGGGUGUUGGUUGUCCAUUUUACGCGGAGUGAAGCGGUGAAGCAGAUUGACUUGCUGCAGCAUGUUGCUACAAACCUCGGUCGCAGUCGGGCCUGGCUGUACCUUGCAUUAAACGAGAAUUCUCUGGAAAGCUACCUGAGGUUAUUCUGGGAAAAUCAAAACCUCCUUCAUAAGUACUACUUCAAGAAUGCCCUAGUUUGCAGUCAUGAUCACCUGACUCUCUUCCUCACACUAGUGUCCGGCCUGGAGUUUAUUCGAUUUGAGCUGGAGUUGGACGUUCCCUACCUGGACCUGGCUCCAUAUAUGCCAGAAUAUUAUAAGCCGCAGCACUUGCUAGACUUUGAAGAGCGCCUGCCCAACUCUGUGCAUGGUUCUGACAGCCUGUCACUCAAUUCGUUCAACUCUGUCACCUCCACUAAUCUAGAAUGGGACGAUAGCGCCAUCGCACCCUCCAGUGAGGUGCAUUGGAGGGACAGCAAUCUGAUACGACCACAUAUAGAUUAUGAUUUUGGAGAUGUCUUUCCAGCAGCACAGUCCAUACCCAGCACAGACUGGGAAGAAGGUGAAUUGACAGACACAGUCAGUAGUUGUCCCCGAUCUGGAACUUCAGAGAGUCUGCCAUCAAACAACAAAACUAGGAGUCCAACCCUGCGCUACAACCCCUUCAAUAAUGAGACCGAGGUGUCUACACUUACACCAAAUGACAGCAUGGUGCCAUGUUCUGAGCUGGAAAGAGAGGAGAGCACACCAGAUGUCCAAGAGAACAGUGCAGAGCUUGAAGUAAUUAGAUUGGCAAAGAAGAGGAGAACACCCAAAAAGAAGAGAACAAGAUCUGAGGAACAAAUUCUAGAUAUUAAAAAUACAGAGGUACAGCUGUCAACAAGAGAAGGUGCAAAGUCCAAACAGAGCAGUGAUGCUGAACUAGAAGAAGAUCAGAAUGAAAAAUUGGGCUUACAGAAAUCCCAAGAGAUUGAUGCUGACGAAGAGGAUAGCAACUCCCAGGGCAAGUUGUCUCUAGUGACACGUAGAGAGUCUGAUGCCGAUGCCCCUCAGCCAGGUCUGUUAAUACCACAGAUGAAGGACACAUCUAUGAACAGUGUAGGGAAUCCCUUGAGCAAGGUGAUGGAGCAGCUCAAUGGGACGUUGGAUGCCAAUACCUGGAUGUCAAAUGGGGAUCACCUACCUGAGCAGCCCUUUCGGACUUCUGUCCCGGGGGAAGCCCCGGAAGAACCUCCGUUUAGCCAAUAUAGUGAGCGGAUGCCACCUACCCUGGAUUUCUACAAGUUUACCGUUGAGAGUCCAAGUGCUAGUGGAACAGGUAGCUGCCACUAUGACCCUACAGGGGAAAGCCAACCAUCGCAUGUUUUUAGUAGCCAUGAAGCUGCUGGCACAGAAAUGUGCAAAGGAGAGAAAGUCUCUCCUGUAGACGAGACAGACAGCCACAGAAUUGAAUAUGCAGAAGCUGUUCCAGAAAAGUAUAAACAGGCUGAUGUUGAAACCAGCAAGGUAUCUGAGACCAGCUUGGAGCAGUUGCAAAUUCAAACCGUGACCUCUGAGAGAACAGAGGAGGAAGAGAAAGCUCAAAGUAGUCCCUCUGAAUUAACCCAUCCUGCUGACUUCAGGGUUGACAAUAAUCUGCUGCUUUUGCUGAUGAUUCACGUUUUCAAGGAGAAUGAAGAGCAACUUUACAAGAUGAUACGAAUGUGGACAGGUCAUAUGGAGGGGAAUCUGCAGUUGCUGUACGUGCUGUUGACUGACUGUUACAUCUACUUGUUGAGAAAAGGAGCUGCAGACAAGCCCUAUGCAAUGGAAGAAGCUGUGUCUUACAAUGAGCUUGAUUACAUUUCGGUGGGGCUUGGUCAGCAGACUAUUCAGCUUGUUUGCACCAACCGGCGGAGACAGUUCCUGCUUGACACAGCGGAUGAAUCUCUUACAGAGUUUUUCCUUGCUGCCUUGAGAUCUGCCAUGAUUAAGGGCUGCAGAGAGCCUCCAUAUCCCAGCAUCCUUACUGAUGCAACCAUGCAGAAACUGGCACUGACCAAAUUUGUGGCCCAGGAAUCAAGAUGUGAGGUGUCUGAGGUGACUAUUCAUCUCUACAGUUUGAUUCAUUGGGAGGAUCCCAUGGAUGUAACAGCAGGGCCCCAGAGGAAUCUCUACAUGGCACAUGGAAAUACGGUUACAAAAGAGGGAAUUCUGCAUUACAAGGCUGGCACCAGUUAUUUGGGCUCACCGAUCUGGAAGGCCUCCUAUGUAGUGCUUAGCAAUGGAAUCCUGUAUCAGUACCCCGACAGGAUAGAUGUAACACCACUAAUGUCAGUAAACUUGGCUGGAGAGCAAUGUGGAGGUUGUCGAAGGUCCAGCACAACUGAGCGACCGCACACAUUCCAGGUGAUUCUAACAGAGCGCCUGGCUUUGGAACUCAGUGCUGAGAAUGAAGAAGAGAUGGCGGACUGGAUGCAGCACCUUUGCCAGGCAGUGUCAAAAGGGAUCGUUCCCCAGGGUAUUUCACCCUCUCCAUGCAUCCCAUGCUGCCUUGUUGUGACUGACAGGAUGCUGUUUACAUGCCAUGAGGACUCUCAGACCAGUUUCUUCCGACUGUUGGGUAGCGCUGAGCUAACUAGUGUCAACAGCAUCUCCACCAGCUCUGGCAGAGAGUACUGUGUGGUGGAGAUGUCUGAUGAUCAGAAAUCUCCUCCAUGGUUCCUGUAUUUCAGUUGCGCUGAAGAGCUGCAACAUUUUCUUGCUGCAUUGAACAGUGCUUGGAGGAAGAUCUACCAGGUGGAUCUACCUCAGAAAUCGCUUCAGGAUCCCUCCAUUCAGAAGAAAUGUGAUGAUGCAGUCCUGCUCAUUCGGACCACAUGGCAGCGAAGUGAUAGUCUUUCCCGCGGACGUGCUGAGCGUGAACCGUGGUGCUGAACACCUUGGAGCACUGACCAUAUGGUGUGAUAAUGCUGCAGCUGUGUCCGACUUCCUGCAUUUCGAAUGUUGUGUGUGACUGCUGGUGUUCCUGGAGGUGUAGAGAGAAACGUGGGAUGUAAAGGAAAUGGUACAAUCCAAAUGGUCAAGCUGACAAUUCUUUGGAAAUGCAUCAACAGUGUCAGUUAUUAGAAUGGAUGAAGAAGAGGGAACAGAAGAGAUUUUAAAUGAACCUCUGCUUAUUGAGCUGGGAAUAGGUGUGCCUUCACACUUCCAAUUGUGAAACAUGUGCAUACUCAAUGAAUCUGUUUGGCUUCACCAAGAUACAUUCAAUGGACAUCACAUCUCUGUAAGCUUGUUGCCUAACUGCAUGACUGUCUACUGCAAUAAGAGUUAUUUUUUAUAAAGAGAUGCUUGGGUAAAAUCAAAUUAUUUCCUCUUUUUGGAGAAGUUCAAGAACUAACGUGCAAAGACCAAGGGAACCUGAGAAACACUUUUCUCUCCGAAUCACUGCCUUUUGUCCCUGGGACACCCACCUGUAUUUCUAAUAUGGAACAGUGACAUUUUAAAUGUCAUUACAUCCCAGUCUGUGAAUGCCUACCUUGAGCUUCAGUUUCCACAACUGUCUGAAGGUUGUAGGGAAUUUAAUUCUUCCCCCCAACUGGAUAUCAUCAUGUGAUAUAUAAUCACAGCAUUGGGCCUUUCCAGAUUUUAGGAUCUAAUUUUUUAUAGACAAAAGUGCUUUUAUUAACAGUUAUACUGUUUAGGUCUGACUGCACACCAGUCACUUUUAAAUGAAACCUGUUAAGGUUGAAUCUGUAAAUAUGUUUCAUUUGUGUCCCCUGACGUCAGUGUCUAUAAAAUUCAGUUUCUGAUCUCCUUCCUGGCAAAUGGAGAAUCUUGCACAAGAUAUUUUUUGUUAAUGGAGACUGUAUGGACUGUGGGUCCUAUCUUUACAUCUGGUGAAGCAGCCACUGCAUCUCUGCUUUAAUUUGAGUGUCACAGAUGCUGUUUAAAUGCAAAUGCAAUAAUAGAUUGAACUGGUAAUAUCAUAAUGAAAGCCUUUUCAUUUUUCAGCCAACUCAAUGGUGUUGGAUUUUUCCAGUUAUAUAUCAGAAAAAUCAUAUGCAAGAGAUGGCAGGAAGAUAAGGGUUGUUGAUUUGUAACUCAAAUUAGAUGUUGCAUUUUAGUCUCUUCACAAAUUCAGAGUUUUCUUCAGCUGUAUCGUUUAUUUUACUAAAUGAUUCAGUCACAUAAACAGCUGGGAACAGCUCCAUUGCUGAGAUUGGAUGUAGGUAGUAGAAUAGUGUGCAAAUAACAAAUGCAUGCACCAAUGUUUACAAGAGCUCUUGUAGAACAGUAACAUUUAUUGUGGUAUGUUUGAAAGUCUCUUAGGCGAAGGUACCAACUCAUAGGCCAGAAGGCCCAGGCCCAUGCUGACCAAGCAAAUCUCAGUGCUGUUUUCAGCCAGUUAUUACCUGUGUUAUAUAACCAUAUAAAGCUCUCUCAUUCUUUUGUUGACACUAACUGCUGUGAAUAUGCUGCAGUAUAGUGUUCAUUGCUCCAUCCUCAACCUAGUGGAAUAUCUCAAUGUUGCAUAACUUUUUGUAGUCUACCUCUAUUUAUACACUAACCCAAGUAUUACUUAUUGUGAGCUCAGCAGCAAAUAUGCACCUUAUCUUUAUUUUCCUCUUGCAGUUUGCAGUUUUUUGAGUUCUGAAGAAAUGUAGUAAUAUGCAGGCUGAGGGAAUAUUGAGAUUUGGGUAAAUAAUGGUUUUUGCAGUUUACUGGAAGCUCAGCUUUUGUUUCCUAGCACGAUAAUUGUAUAUAGUCUUCUGUCCGAAGCUUGCGUCUGCUCUAUAGUUCAGGAUUAUAAUUCACUUCCCUAUUGACAACAGAUGACAAAUGCUAAACUCAAGAUAGUUCAUCAAGUGAUCUAUUGGUCUCUAUGCAGUAAUAACCACCCAGAGCUGACACCCAUAAAAGGAAUCCUUGAAAUCUUUAUCACACCAAGAAUCAGAGCCCUUGAAAAUCUGUAUUUCAGCAAAGCUCGUGUUCAUAGACCUUACAAAUUAAAAUGACCACCUUCAUGAUAGAGAAUAGGGAGAAAACUCGAAAUCACUAAUUUCUCCUGCCAAACCUUCCUCUCUCCCAGCAUUAAAUAAUGCAUCAGUGGCAGUUAAGGUGUUUGAAAAAUACUUAACUCAUCAUAAUUUUUGCAGAACUGCUCAAAGCUGAUCAUUGUAUUGAGAGGUUUAUAUUCUGAUAGCCAAUCAGCCUGUAAUCUUAUUGUUUUCUGCACAUUAAUAGGCAGAGAGACCUACAUGUAGUUGGGGUACUGGGGGAGCAUUGAUGUAAAGAAAACUUUUAUAAUAGUAGAAAUCUUAAGCAGUGCAUAAUGCCAGGUUUUUUUUAAUAAACAAAAUCACAGCUAUCUAAAACCUGUUUAAAAUGAGUAUUCAGGAAUGGUACAGUAUCCUGGGUGUGGAAUAAAGAGUCUUUUUGGUGGACAAAUAUAGGUUGAAUGAUCUUCCUCAAACACCUUUUGUUUGUCUGAAGCCAUUAGUUCAUCACCUUAACUUGUUUGAUUACCUGAAUUUCUACAUACAGCUUAAAGGUUCUCUCAAGGCACUCCUUAGGGCUGGAAAAGCAAAAUGAGAAAUUGGUGCUAUCAGACUACAACACCUAAUAAACAGUUCAUUGAUAUCCUGCUCGAUGAGGUGCAUUGCAUAUAAUCAUCCAUCUCCUUUGCCAUAAGAAAUGGUACUGUGCCCUGUCUCAACAGGGUUUUGAACUACAUGGGUCUGUCUGUGCGUGGCCUAUUCCUUGUGAUGCUUCAUUUACAUGCUUAAAAGCAAAGUAGUCAUACUGAAAACAACCAAAAGCCAUAUAGCUAUAGAAAAUGAGUGAUUAAAACAACAAACCCAGUAUAACUAAAUAGUAAAGCAUUUAAAAACCUCUGAUGACUUUUUCAGAGCCAAGCCACAGUUAAUAUAUUUUUGAAUGCACUAACAUUGGAAUUAUGGAAGGACUGAGUAGUUAACACCGAAACCAAAAAUGUUUCUGAACCCUGCAAGAACAAAUGUAUAGCCUACCUUGGAGUGGCUGAUCUGGUUAAUCAAUCUGUGCAUCACUUAGACCAAUGCUUCCCAAAUCUCUCCUGUUGUGAUCCCAUUUUGGUGCUUGAAAAUUACUGAGAUAGCAGACCUAUGGCAGUGGGAAGUAAAGCUAUUUACUCCACAAAGUUUCAGUAGAACACACCUAUCUUCCUAUUAUGCUUUUCAGGACAGGAUCGAGUAAUUAAGCCACUCCCACUAUUAAACAAACCUGGGGGGUGCAAAGGGGUCACACAGCUGUUGAUACUUGGUCGGAGGUUCACAGCAGCUAUUGCCACCUCAGAGUGAGGUUGUGACCCACGGUUCAGGAAGCCUUGACUUAGCAGUUGUGUAAAAAUGAAAUUCUAUUUGCUACCCUGUUUUUAAGGCUCUCAGGAUUGCACCAUCUCUUUGUAAAACCCUCAUGUUUCACUGCUGAAACAGAACAAAGAAACCAAAAGGUGACCCACUGCAUUCACAAGGGACUAUGUAAAUGUUCACUCUAUGAACUCCUGUGUUUGUGAAAUACACAAACAACUUGGAACUUUUGUACUUUCCCUUUAUCAAAGUAAAGGGUCAAAUAAAAUGGAAUCAGUAUUAAAACUGGAUUUUUAGAAGCACUUCUUUGGGGAUUCUGAUUAUAGACUUGCUAUACAAUUUUAGCAAACCUCAGCUGCUUGAUGCUUUUAGGUUUUGGUUAUAACUAGACACCCUCAAACCCUUGACUGAUCUGACUCUUGACAACCCAAAUGUGAUAAUGUUUCUUUACAUUUUCUUUUAUUCUGCCUGUAAGAUAUUGUUUAAGGUUUAAAUGUGAGGAUUCCUCUUUCCACCAGUGGCUCAGCAAGUUUAACCAAAGAGCAGCUGAGUCUCUCAGAUCAGGAGGAUCCCAGGUUCAAUGCGUGGUUCAUGCUUGGAUGACUGAUCUCUUGGAUAGCAAGUGGGAUGCUGGAGUUUGUAGUGAUGUUGAAUUCAUAAGGUUUCUACACUGACUAGCACUAGAAAACAAUGUAUGUGAAUCUUUGAGUCUAUAGUUGAGUAAUAUUAUUGAUAUUCACUGGCAUGUCUACCAGCAAGUGAUGUUUUUGUUUUUGUUUGUUAAUGGGUUGUGAGGGUGGCUGACUAGGCCAACAUUUAUUGCUCAUCCCUACUUGCGUUUUAGAAGGAGAUGGUAUUCUGCUGCCUUGAACUGCUAAUGCAUUUGUACCUAAAAUACUGCCCGUAGAAUUGCACCUGAUAACAUACCCAUUUCCCACACUGAACUGUACUUAACAAUUAGUCUACACUGGCACUUGUAAAUCUGCCCACAAGACAAAUCUUGUGCAACAUUCAUAGAAAAGUACUCAGCUGAAGCUACGCUGGUAUCUGUGGGAUUUAGCACAAAUUAACACCUUCAUUAAGCUUGACUCAUUGGUGCCAUUCUCACUUGGUUCUUUAAGCUUUACUUCAGAGCUUGAGAACAUAACCUACUGUAAUUUUCCAGUGCAUAUCAGAGGUACUGCAUUUACAGUUGCUGUCUUUCAGAUGGGAUGUUGACUCACUACUCUCCAUUCCUGUUUAGAUGGAUAACUUUUCAGGGAAAACCAGGAUUGUUUCUGUGUCCUGAACAGCACUUGUUAACCAACGCCAUGAAACCAAUUCAACUGGUAAUUUGUCUAUGAUAUUUUUGGGACCGUGCUGUGUACAGAUUGGCUGUAGUUUUUACCUACAUAACAACAGUGACUACAUUUAAUUGUCCCUGAAAUUCUUUGGGACAUCAUAAAUCCAAUUAUGUAAGUUCCUUCCCCUAUCAUUUAGCAGGGAGGCCAAUGAUUGAAAGUUAAAAAGGAAUAGUAUACUACACAAAUAGUUGCAAUGUGGAGAUUCUUCGAUAAGAAACGUAUACAGUCAGGUAGGGUGCUAAUAUUCUAUUACACUAAUUUGGUACACUAUGUACUUCAUAACGUCUAUAGUUAUUUUAUAUAAAUUUGAAAAAAAGAGGAAAAUUGCUGAUGAUAUUGGAUUCAGUGUGUACUGGGAUCACUAGGACCAUGGUGGUUUGCAUACCUAGUAGGGUUGAGGCUAGGUUAGGAUAUUUGUAAACAAGGUUGAUAGUCCAAUGAUUGGGAUCUUCUACUGUGGCGUUGAGUUAGCUGUUUAAGAAGGAUUGCAAUUUGUUCUCUAUCCAUACAUACACAACCAACCAUCAUAUGUGCAAGGGUGUUUAAAAAUUUAUGGUGUUUUGUUUUGCAGGACUUUUAAUCUUGUAAGAUAUUUAUUUGAUGCAGGGUGGCAAAGUUCUCUACUUGAAGCCUUUGUUUUGUGUAGUGUCCAUAUACAGCCCUGGUUGUAAUUUGUAAUAUGUGAAUGAUGAAUAUUCUACUAAUGUGGUACAUGCUCAUUUUGCAACCGAACACACUUGUUGAGUGAAAUGUGCAGUCCAAUUGUCUUCUGAUCUUUUUAAUGAGAUUUGAUUUUAUUUGCAUUGUAGGUUUUCUCAUAACUCCAAUCUGGAGACCAAAGUUGACUGGUUCUAGAAAUUCAGAAGAUUCCACAGUGGAUGUUGAACCAAUGUGGACUAAGUAGAAUUGUUAGAUGAGUUGAAUGAUCAUUGCAUUAGAAUAAGGUUUUCCCCAACUGUGGGAAGAUGAAGGUAAUCUAAAUUAUUUUCAAGUGCUUUUUAAAAAGUGGAGUUGGUUUCCUUUUAUAGGAAUGAUGUCAUGUCAUGUCCAAGCAUUUCUGGUUGUGAUCUGAUUGUGUUAUUAAUUACUUUAAUCCAUUAGCAGAAUUAAAAUAUGAUUCUAGCUCUCUGCUAAGGUUCAUGGCUUUAUUUGAUAGCAUAGAUCAGAAUAUAUUUAGUAUUUUGCAGAGUUAGAUCAAGAAAGACUUCAUAAUUGUGUAAAAAACACCUUGCAAUUACUCUAGGCAAGUUAUCCAUGUGUCUUGAGAUAUUGAACCUUGAAGUUAAACCUUUACACUACCUGCUCUCAGAUCCUUCAAUGUAUAAGCUAAAGAAGGUACUCUGUUAAAUUGUAAUCUGUUUACAGCAAGAAAAAAAGUUACUUUUUAUGGAAAAGUUACUCAGUGUUUAAGCAAAGAGGCUAUUAAACUCUCUCUUGGAUCCAAUCCAUUUUCUAUGUUUACAAUUUUUUUUAAAUCCCUUAAAACCAGAAGAUUGAGGAGCUGUAGCUAAUCAAUUUGCCCCAAGGUCUGAACCCUCAAACCCAGUAUAUAGGCAGCAAACUCUGAAAACGUGACAUUGUCUUGGUGUGAAAAUAUACCAGGGAAACAGCAAGUUCAAGAUGUUUAAGCUAUUUCUUUAUUUUCGUCUCCAUUGUUCUUUCAAAAGAAAGAGUACUCCUGUAAACACCAGAAAGACAUGUUAAGUUUUAUUUGGAGUUUUAAAAAAUGCCAUUAGUAAUAGUUCUGGGGUGAUAAACUAGUUAAUCUCAAUGAGGAAUUAUUAAAUCAAUUUACCUGACUGGUGCAGAUAGACAUGAAAAUUGGUUCCAUCCCAUCCCAAAAUAUCGAAUAAUGUAAGUGUGUGUUUUGCCAGUGAUUAUGUGUUGCAUUGUCCCCAGCACUGGACAAGCAAAGCCCACUUGGUUCAGUUUGCCCACUGCUGGUCUAUAGAUUUUUGCACCUUGUUUCCUGCCUUUGCUAACUUACUCAAGUAUAUUCAUACAGAUGUGUAAUGUGGUGAGGUUAAACAGACUGGAAAAGACAGAUCCUAUAUUAUAUCACUAAUAUUGAAUGGUACAACUUUUGAUGCAUAAAUAAUUCGAAAGAUCCUCAAGGAGAAAUUUCACUACUUGUAUAAUAUACUAUAACCUAAUAGUAUGUACAUUAAUGUUGAUGCAAUCUUUAGGAGCUUCAAUACUGAUGAUGCUUAUCCAUGCAUGUUUUGUGUUUAUACAGUGUAAAUGCAGUGUUUAUUGUAUAUAAUUUAUUGUAAAUAGAAUGGAAUUAAUAAAGGUAUUGUCUCCUUUU